AUGAGCAUCCAAACACCAACCGAUGAUCUCGCACUUCGCGACAGUAAAAGGAGAGAACGGUACGAGGGUCCGGAAGAAGGAGAGAUGCAAGAAGGAGAGCGAGGACAUAAACGACGGCGUAUUGAUGGGACACAAGAGACAUAUGACCCGCGCAUAAGUCGCGUGAAUAUCACUGGCCUCCUCCGAACAAUCGUCACGAUAAGGGUUGGCCCUGAUGCUGUCCCUAUCUUUGUGCACAAGGAGUUGCUGUGCCAUCACUCGGAGUUCUUCCGAGCAGCAUUCGGAAACGAGCAAUAUGAAGAAGCGAAGACAGGCGUGAUAACUCUACUAGACCAGGACGAGAGGAUCUUCCGGAUGUUCGUGGCAUGGCUGUAUACUCAAGAAGUGGUCCCGCCGAACACCGCGAGGCCAGAAGUUGAAGACGACUCGUCUUCCCACGAACUCGUGCGGACUGAUCAGUAUAUGCAGUGCGUUGACCAGAAUAUCGUGUUCGAGGCUGUCACUGUGGGAGAGACGCCCCUGGACUACCUCUUCCUCAGGCCAGGCUGGACACCAGGGUGUGAGGAAUUCGCAGAAGAAACAGAAAGCUAUUGUUCGACCGAAGCACCUUCCGAAAGCACCUCAAUCUUCGACGAGGAAGCCAACGAUGACGCUGAGAACGACUCUGAUGCACUCCCUGGAGACCAGUCUGAUAUCCCACAUAUUGAAGCGUAUGAGCAGAACUAUGCCAACGAACGCCUAUACAUCGAGACCGGCCAGAUCCAGGACAUAGACUGGGUAGAGCUCUACAUCCUAGCUGACCAACGUGGCAUUGGGCGACUACGAGACGAUGUGAUGACUACGUACAUCUACGAACAUAACCGCACCCAGUGUAUCGCCACCUCUGCCUCCAUCAAAGCAGCCUUUUCAUACCUACCUGAAACAAGCAAGAUGCGCGAAUUCAUCCUCAGCGAGUACGACUGUUACGGUGGCAAAUUCAGCGGCCGAGCCAGCCCAGACGACCUGAUGGAGCUACCGAGUGCCUUUCUCGCUCAUCUGCUUGCUCGCAAAUCAAGCGAAGAUGAUUUGCGCCCGCCACAUACCUACGCUAAUCUUUGUCGGUUCCAUGAGCAUGCGAAGUCGAUCGACGUGGUGGCAUGUCAGGAAUUGAGUGCUUCCACUUUUGGCUCUUUAGACAAGCGGAGAGCUUUGUAUUACGGUGUCGAUGAUAUGGUCGACAAGCUGAGACCGAUUAAUGGACAUACCAAUGAGAAUCUGUAG